AUGAGGAUGGCAGAUGACAAUGGAGAUACAGCCCUGCACAAGGCCGUGCGUAGCCGACAUCAAGAUGUAGCCAGACUUUUGGUUAAAGAAGAUCCUGAAUUCGAAUAUCCGUCCAACAAGGCCCGGGAGACACCACUGUACCUGGCGGCGGAGUCUGGUCUUCGUGAUGCUUUGGUUGAAAUCUUGGUAACCUGCAACAAACCAACUUUUGCAGCAGGUCCAUUUAAUCGAACACCUCUGCAUGCAGCAGUAAUUCAUCAACACACAGAUUGCGCGAGAUUACUAUGGCAAUGGAAUAAAUCUUUAUGUGAGGAAGCUGACGUGAGUGGUUGGAAUUCGCUGCACUAUGCUGUUUAUCUAGGAUUGAAAGAAGUAGUUUCUGAUAUGCUGGGGUGGAAGAAAUCCUUAGCCUACCUUCCAGCAGGCAGUGAAAAUCGCUGGACGACAACGUUUCACAUUGCAGCCAAUGCAGGUGAUGUAAACAUGAUAAAUGAGUUGUUAAAGUACCGCCCUGAUUGCUGGGAAAUGCUUGACAGCAGAGACAAAAAUGCUCUUCAUGUUGCCAUAUUGAACAAUCAAUUUAUGUUAGUUAAGUCCUUAUUAAAGUCCACGAAGUGGGAUAGCCUUGCUGACAAUGCAGAUGAUGAUGGCAACACUCCUCUCCAUUUGCUUGCCGCCUCUAGUUAUUGGGCCCAUGUGCCUGUGAAAUUAAGAGAAAAUCGCAGAGCAAAGACGAUGUCAUUUAACAAAGAAAAUCAGACUCCGCUUGACGUAGCAUGGUCUUGCAUAAAGAGGACGACAAACAAGGAAAGUAUCAGUGGCAGCUUGUAUCACGAUUUUGCUAACAUUGGUCGAUUUGGACGACGUGAGACUCCGUGGAAUACUUUGGAUGAAAUUCAUAUACAGAGGGAGUUUUCGAAGCGUGAUAAGGAAUUUGAAACAGAAAUCAAAAGCAUCAUGUCGGCAGCUCAAAUACAUCUAGUUAUGGCCACUCUAUUAGUUACAGUCACCUUUGCCGCUGGUUUCACAUUGCCAGGAGGUUUUGACUGCGAUUCCAAUAGCCCUAAUAAAGGGAUGGCGAUUCUAACAAGAAAAGCAGCAUUCCAUGUAUUUGUUAUUACGGAUGCCAUCGCCUUUGCAUGCUCGGCUGGUGCUAUAUUCAGCUACUUCCUCAUGGCAAUAAAUCAUCGACCAACAUCCUAUCAGGAUUACAGAAUUCUAUCGGCUCUCAGUAGAGUCGCAGGUCAGUUGCAGCUUCUGGCAAUGUUAGCAGUGGUAAUUGCAUUUGUAACUGGUAUGUAUGCUACUUUAGCAUAUUCACUGGGUCUUGCCAUUACUGUAUGUACCAUUGGUUGCCUCUCUUUUCUUUUGUACAUGUUUGUAAUGUAUAUUGUUGGAAGAGAACUUGUUUGAGAAAUAAAUGCAUCUUUUUCCUUUUCAGUGAAA